CAUUGUGUGAUAAAUUCUCUGGUGCUUGUUCUUGGGCACUUUUGGUGUUAUGUGGGGUGUUUGUCCUUGAACACUUUCAGCAUUAUGUGGUGAAUUCUUCUUGGCAAUUUUGGCAUUGUGUGGUGAAUUCUCUGGUGUUUUUCUUGAAUGCUUUUGGUGUUAUGUCUAUAAAUUCUCCAGCAUUUGUCCUUGGGCACUUUCGGCACUAUGAUGAAUUCUCUGGUUAUUUUGAUGAAUUCUCUGGUGGUUGUUCUUGA